UACAGCUCCAGCCAGUUGGAGGUUUCGAGAGCGGAGUCCACACACACGCGAAACAAAACCAAACGAAACGCCAGAAAGCUUUGCCCAAUGCAAAUAAUCGUUUAACUCUAGUUCUGUGAUGUCACAGUGAAACCCGAAUCGAAAUAGUGAACAAAAAUAAAAAAAUACAAAAAUAAAAUUGCAAAAGUGAACAAAAAUAGCAGAAACAAUACAUUUUAAAAUUGGAUCGCUGUGAAGUUGUUUUUAGCUGUUGGUUUUCCUUGCGACCCUACAUUGUUUUUCUUCGCUGGCAACGUAGUCGGCCAUUGAGUUGGCCGAUACCAAACGACCUUCAAAACGUUUUGCGUCGAGGCAAUACGCACCAUGGGCUGCGCACAGUCUGCCGAGGAGCGAGCCGCAGCCGCCAGGAGUCGCCUCAUCGAGCGCAACCUCAAGGAGGAUGGCAUACAGGCGGCAAAGGACAUUAAACUGCUGCUGUUGGGUGCCGGCGAGUCGGGAAAGAGCACAAUAGUCAAACAGAUGAAAAUCAUUCACGAGAGCGGCUUCACUGCGGAGGACUUUAAACAAUAUCGACCGGUUGUCUACAGCAACACAAUACAAUCAUUAGUUGCCAUACUGCGAGCGAUGCCAAACCUAAGUAUUCAGUACAGCAAUAAUGAGCGGGAGAGCGAUGCUAAAAUGGUGUUUGACGUGUGCCAGCGGAUGCACGACACCGAACCCUUCUCAGAGGAGCUGCUGGCCGCCAUGAAGCGUCUCUGGCAGGAUACUGGCGUCCAGGAGUGCUUCUCGCGCAGCAACGAAUACCAACUGAAUGAUUCCGCUAAAUAUUUCCUGGACGAUUUGGAUCGGUUAGGCGCCAAGGACUACCAGCCAACUGAACAGGAUAUCUUGCGUACUCGCGUCAAGACCACUGGCAUCGUUGAGGUUCACUUCUCCUUCAAGAAUCUCAACUUUAAAUUGUUUGACGUGGGCGGCCAGCGUUCUGAGCGUAAGAAGUGGAUACAUUGCUUUGAGGAUGUCACGGCGAUCAUUUUCUGCGUGGCCAUGUCGGAGUACGAUCAGGUGUUGCAUGAGGACGAAACUACGAACCGCAUGCAAGAGUCGCUGAAGCUGUUCGAUUCGAUCUGCAACAACAAAUGGUUUACGGACACUUCGAUCAUAUUGUUCCUGAACAAGAAGGAUUUGUUCGAGGAGAAGAUACGCAAGAGUCCACUGACAAUUUGCUUCCCCGAGUACACAGGGGGACAGGAGUAUGGCGAGGCGGCUGCAUACAUCCAGGCUCAAUUCGAAGCGAAAAACAAAUCAACCUCAAAAGAAAUCUACUGCCACAUGACGUGUGCCACAGAUACCAACAACAUUCAGUUUGUGUUCGAUGCCGUCACCGAUGUCAUCAUAGCAAAUAACCUGCGCGGCUGUGGACUGUACUAAGCGAUUGGUUGCCGGGACAUGUGGAGCAUGUGGACGUGGAUAUGGACGACGAUGUGGAGCAGAUUGGGGGCGUUAGCAGGGAACACCGUAACGGUAUUAAAGAGCAGCGCGGGAGCACAACAACCCACCAGCAUUGAUCAAAAACAAAAGAAAAUUUAAGAGCAAACGAUGAUAGAACCAACAAACAAGCAAAGCCCAAAGAACUUUUAUUUGUUUAACAAAGCAAACAGAUGAUCCCCGAGUAUGAUGGGAGAACAUGCAACAAGUACAUUAUAAUAUUGAUCCAGAUAAGAUAAGCAGAUUAACAAUGCUAAUGCAGAUCACAGAUCGCGAUCAAGAUCGGGUACGAUCGGUGAAUUGGAUAGGCAGCUGACACUGAGCCAUAGACAAGCAGUUUGAUUGAAAGCAUUUCCUAUAUACAUAAAUACAUGCAUACAAACAUAUACAUACAUACACACAUACAUACAUAUGCAUUAUGCAAGCCCCAUGUACGACAUGACAGCCAUAACACACAACACACACAAAGCAAACACGCAUAAGCAUCGCAUAGUUGUUGUUUGGUCUGAAUAAUUUUUAUAGAAUUUCAUUAAUUUACGUGUAGCUUAGUUUCCUCAUGUAUUUAUUAAACGAAAACCAAACGAGCGUAUAUAUAUAUAUAUAUAUAUAUGUGUAUAUGAAUGUACACACACCUACUUAUAUAUAUAUAUAUAUAUGUAUUUAUAUAUAUAUACAUACAUACAUAAUAUAUAUUUAAUGUUUCCUGUUGCAAUCUCUCUUUGAAAUUAUUCAUGCCAUCAACGCUCUCUGCAUUUGUCGUGCUUGCUUAGACUUAAGUUUUGAAAAGUUUCAACAACAAGAACAACCAGAACAAAGUAAGAAUAAUAAUAAUAAUAAUUAUUUUGAUUGCGUUGCGUGUCAGCGUGUGGGCAAAAGUAAAUAUACAUAUAUUAUAUGACAUUAACAUGAACAAACCAAAAUGGGAAAAUAUAAGAAAACAUAACAUAACAUAACACUCACACAAAAGUAAUGAAAGAAAAUCUUUAAAGUUUAAGUCUAAUUUAAAGAUAAAUGAAACGGAUAUAAAUCUCUAUCUAUUGUAUUUACAAACCCAAACUAAACUUAACUAAACUAACAAAAAAUGUAAGAGUAACGCAAAGCAUAUGUGGCCACUUAACUAACUUGUGUAAAAAGCAGCAGCCAUCAAUGAUUGAUGCGUUUCAAUGUAUGUAAAUUGUAAUUUGUUGAAUUUACGUGUAUAGGAGAGGUUUAGCUGGCAUACACACAACACACUAAACACACACACACACGCACGCACACGGACAGGACGCACACAAAUUUCAUUUGUAUUCACUUAACGCUGAUUUAUUGUAAUUAAACGAAUUUGUUGCAUUUAUUUAUACAUACAUAAUUACAUAGUACAUACAUACAUACAAUUAAAAAAGCAAAGCGCACCUCAACUCUGGCAGCGCACAAAAGCAUGCUAUACUUUUGCCAUGUCUCACACACACACACAAACCCAAACAAAAAAAUCAAAUGCAAUGGGAAACUCAAACCAGACAAGUCUCCCCCACAAUGAAAACUACGGAUGAUUGUAUGUAAUAAUAUUUACAAAUUGUACGAACAAUGCAUAUGUAUGUAUGUACAGUUGUAUUUAGCGAAUGGCAUUUAACCAGAGUCCCGAGUAUGUUGUAAUUGUUUGAUUAGACUUAUUAUUGUAAUUAUUAUCUUUACGAGUACUUUUGUAUAUGCUUCGUACACUGUGCAUUUGAUUUUACUGAAUCAGUUAGCUGCAAUGAAUUUAUAUUGUUAUUUUGAUAGUAUUUUCUUUUGUAUGUACUCCCUAUCCCAGUCCUAUUCCUUCCCCACCUCCUCCUACUACUUGAAGGCCCCUGUACCCUUGUGCUCUUGCUCUAGUUGGACAAAUCCAUUUAUGUUUUAUAGUUUUUAAGUCUAAUUUAUGUAAACGCACACAAACACACACACCACUUAAACAACAAAUAAGUAAGUUUAUUAGCGAAAUAAAUAUUUUUUGACAUUCAGCAAAAGAUUCAACAAUUUGCGCCAAAGCUUGACGAAAUUGUUUGCAUUCUUUGGCAGUCCCAAAACUGUCUGCAUUAAGGCAAACCGCAUCCUUUUCCGUAAAAUUACGUUGACCUUAAUCUUACCUCCAAUCAGUGGUUCGUUUUGAUUCGGCCAGCCAGCCAAUUUACCAUUUACAUACCCUCUAACGAACCCAGCCCUACCCCACUCUAUUUAUCCUAGCCCAGCCCAACCAAAUACUGUAAUAUUUAAUACGUAUGUAUUUUCCAUUCAACUUGUAUAAUUCUACCAAAAGGAAAAACAAAACAAAAACUAAAAAAAUAAACGCAAAAUCAUUUUCAAUAAAAAC